GGCACAUGAGGGAGUUCAAGUCUGGAGCAGCUCAGCAUCAGUUCUUGCAGAGCUGGAUUAAGUGUUUUUUCACAGUCUCACAAUGGAGAAUCUGUAUUCUAGGGCUGGUAGUGGAGGAAUGGUGACAAACAUGUCUGUGAUGCUAUCAGAGAUGACUAAAGUUCUUUGUGAAACGUGCAAUAAACCAUGUGAAUGUUCAACACUGAAUAAUAACAUUUUACAAAGGACUUCAAAUAUUAUGGUGGAAGAUGACACUGACGAUGAGGAAUCUAUCAUCCCAGCGUUACACAAGCUAUGUUACAGUGAUGAUACGACGAUGAAUUUUUCUAGUUAUGCAAGUCACGAUGACAGUUCAUCUGAUCUUGAGGAGGAACUUGCCAAUGACCUCACCAAUGAGGUCUCGGACGUCUUCGACGACCUCGCCAAUGAAGUCACUGACGUCUUCGAUGAUCUCACCAAUGGAGUCUCAGACGUUUUCGAUGACCUUUCUGAUGACAUCAUCAGCAUGCUGACCAAUAGAAUCCAACAUGAAGAAAACGAUGACAAUCGCAACUAUUUAAGCUUUGCUGAUGAAAUUAAAAUCACACCUUUGCCGAAACCAGAGUUUCAAUUCGUGGAUAAUAUUGAAAAUGAUUUGAAUAAUGGUUUGACGCAAAUGAACACUUCAUCAGAGAAUGCGGAAAGUGAUCUAGACAAACUUUCAGAAUUUACAAAACUGUCAGAAAGCAUCAGUAGUAUAAGCACUGAAUGUAAAUCUAACUUUGAUUGGAGCCCUCAACGAAAAUUUCACAGAAAAAACAGCUACAAUAUGAGUGAUACUUGUCCCUCCAGAGUGACCAGUACACCCCUUCAACACAUUGGCCCAUUCCACAUGACAGAACUUGGUUCACAGGAUGAAAUCCUACAAGGUAAUUGUAAUAAUUUUGAUGCGCACAACAUGAACAAUUCUAUCCCCCACCCCAGAAGACUACAGCUUUCUCACUGGCAACCAGCAUGUCACAUUUCUCGUCCAUCCUACAGCUCAAAAACGAGCAGCAGCAUAAGCAGCAGUGGUGAGCUGUCGCAAAAUCAAGAAUUUCCGUACAUAUCAUUUGACCAAGCCCUUGAUGUAGCUGUACAAGACCUUAUAAAGGAGAACGAGAAUCAAAUACAAGUGGUAUCUUUACUUGAAGACGAAGGCUUUGUGGAAAACUUGAAAUCCGACGACACAUUAGCAAAGUCUCCUUAUAAAUCGUGGUGCAAAGACAGACUGCAACUCCAUUCAUCAUGCUCAUUGUUUCCAGCUCAGAUCGCGGAACAGGGUGCCAAGUAUGUGGCCUUAAGAGCGGUUUACAAGCAUAUUGGUACGUCAUCACAUUCUGAAUGUACAGAUUCUAUAAACAGUAAACAACAACUCAUCUUAGAAAACAAAGCUCUCAAAGAAGAUGUCAGAAAACUGAAAGAAGAUAAAGACAUUCUGGAAGACAAACUUUUAGCGCUGAAAGAAAAAAAAUUCCUGUUGAUGCGUCAGUGGAAAAAAACUCAUCGGGAAAUUCGCAAUAGUGGUCGAAAGGUGCACAAACUUGAAGAUCAAAUCUCAAUAAUUCGCGAACUCUCGGCACAAAAUAUUGUUCUCUCUGAUCACAAAGAACUGGAGGAAGAUGUAAAGCAAUCGGCAAGUGGUGUUAGAUGCAGUAUAAUGUAAAUCUGAUUACAUAUACCUGCAUAUUUAUCAAGAGUACAGUGCAAUAUUGAAUGUUGCUGCUUAUACCUGGUUGGAAUUAUGGCAAGUUGUAUACAAAGUUGCAAAUGCAUCAUAC